UUGAUGUCAAUAUCGAUCAUCAGAGCAACUUUGUUUUGUUUUUGGAACAUCACACCGUCAAGGACAGAAGGCCCCAUGCAUAUGAUCAUUUGGCUUUGCGCAAUUUUGCUUGGACUGUCUUCGCUUAACGCAAGAGAUGAAUUCACCUAUCAACAGCACAUUGGCUGUGCCUUCAAUCGCCAGGGCCCAGUUGGGCGCUUCUGGCGUUAUGGAUUUAAUGCUAAAGACAUUAUGGAACUAGAUCUGAAGAAUGAGGCUGUUGUGGCUGUAAAUGAUGAGGGGAAUUUUAUGGCAGAAGAAAGACAAAGUAAAGUUUAUUUCAAACGCAAGGAAUAUAAACUGCUGAAGAUAUGUUCUGCAGUAAAUACGGUUUUCUUCGAGUCCAAUAACUCCCUCUCCAGAGCAUCUAAACCCACUGUCAGAGUGUCUUUGGAAGAUUCAGAGGGUGAGAAGUACCUUUUGUGCUCUGUACAGGGAUUCUACCCCAACACCAUUAGCGUGCACUGGGUUUAUAAAGGAAAAAUUGUGCACUUUGCUAGAACAACCACCGGCCUUCUGCCUCGUAAAGAUGGAACAUUCCAGAUAGCCAGUUAUCUGAGUCUGGGGAACGAGACACUUCAGGACAUUGUCUGUGAGACAGAGCACAUCAGCUUUGAAGGAACUUUACAGGCCACCCUUGAGGACAAGAAUUCAGUGGGAAUCAUAGUUGGAGCUGGCGUCCUGUCAUUCUUUCUGGCAUGCCUGACACCAGUGGCUGUAACAGCUCUUAUUUCCUGCAUGAAAAGGAGGAACAUUUCCUGUAUGAAAAGGCAGAGCUCACUUAAUGAAUCUUUGGAACAGUCUAGUGAUGAAAGUGUUAACCCUGCUUCUGUGAGUCUAAUGGAUAUUGAGCCUCAGGCAGAGCAGGACCCAGUGUCAUAAACAUAACACCUGUUGCCGUUCAGAGCUGGCCCUCUUGUGGAAAUUUUGGAACAUGCAGCCUAGUGUAGCUUGCUCUGAGCUGGUGAAUUCAGUUUUCAAGGAACAAUACACAACUGUUCUUUUUGGGUAUGUUGGUUAAUAUUAAGAAGGAUGAUUUAUUCACACACAGAAGAUAAAUGAAAACCAAUAAUACUGAACACAUUAGAACUCCCCCAAUCCCCGAAACAUUCAAGGAAGUAAUCAUGCAAUGCCAUGUUACGUAAAUAACACAAUUUGAAUUUUCUUGAGGUCACAAUUGAAUUAAAACAAUAAUAAAUAUUUUCACAAUUAUCAAUCAGUAAAUCCUGCAACGUAAAAACAAAAAGGAGCUAAUUUUCAGGGGCAAAGCAAACAGAUACAUGAUGAAUCCUGACACAAAUCUAACAAUGGUGGCAUGUCAACUUAUAAACAUACAGAAUAAAAGUAAAGAUAAAGAAAACCCAUAGUGUGACAGUGACAGAGCUAAAACAACUCUGAUGCACAAAUGCACAUCUUCAAAAUCUUUAAAUAUGCAACAUACAAUUGUUUUCAAAGACAAAUGCAUUUUGUUCCACAGCAAAAGCAUUUGAAGAUUAAAAUCAGAAUGAAACAUUGCCAUGGUAUUAUACAUUGUCAAGCACAGUAAAAAUGCACUGAAAUGGAAAAACUUAAGAAUGCUAAUAUUAGUUUUAGCCUAUUACAAAUUACCCCUGUAAUCUCAGGUUUUAUUAAAUGACUUAGACGUGGUCUUGUCCAGUGUAGCAUAUGCAAAGUGAAUGAGUUGCACAAGUCCAUACUGGUAGUCCAUGAUUCCAUAUUAUUGCUAAAGUCACAGAUAAUUAUUUAACUUAAAAAAAACUUUAAGCAAUAACACACAUUGUGAGGGACACUUGAAACUGUUUUCAUUUUGUGUGUUUAUGAUCAAGAGACCUUAAUGGGCUUGUACAUAGUAAAAGUAGAGAACAACACAUGGUACAGUAAGUGCAAGUUCAUUAAGUUAAUGACCUGCAAAUAAUAGAAUCUCGCUAUAGUAUUUUGCUGGCUAGUUUUUGAUUGAUUUGUGCCAAUAUGUAGCCUACUGUAUUCAAUUGAAAUUGAAAUUGAAUUGAAUAUGUAUUCAUGUGUUUGGCUCUUGACCAGUGCUAGUGAGAGAUGAUGUGUAUAUGCUGAUGUCAUGGGCUAGUUCUUGAACAUGUCACACAGGAGUUUCUCCAUGGGCGUGUUCCCAAUGGUCCGGUGGAAGAAGAGGAGCUCAAUCCGCUCUGAGCUCACCAGCCUCAAAGAUGGCAACAGCAACAGCAGCCUCCCAAACCUACACACACACACACACACACACACACACACACACACACAAAUAUCAGUAUACUGUAUAUCUCACAUAUGGGUAUAAUGGGUUUGUUUUGUAUGUGUACUGUGUAUAUGAUGUCGUAUGUGUUGAUGUGUUUGUUUGUGUGUACUGUACGUGCAGUGGUGCCCACCCACCCAAAAUCACAAGAUUUUUAUCCUAAA